UGGUUUUUGUUUUGUAAAAAUUUGUGGUUGCAUAAAUAGAACUGUCAAUUUCCCACAAAAGUUUGUCUUAAUAUCUUAAUCUUUGCUCUUGUCUGUGAUAUUCGGUUGUAAGAUAUGUGUUUGUAGUUAUGAUAAACAGUCGCUUAGAUGAAUAAUUAACGUUGAAUUGUAAUCAUCAAGACGACUCCCGAACCCUAUGGGCUCGUACAACUCCAGAAGGAUGGCUGAUGAAGACUCGAGCAUAUCCCAUUCAGAUUCUGGAUCUGAUUCCGACUCUGAACAGGGUUUGCCACAUAAUUAUGCACAUUUUUUACAAAGUUUGGUAAACAGUGGCCAAGUUCAUAUUAUAACAAACGAUUAUGACAGCUAUUACAGUCCUCCUAUGCCAAAAAUAACUCACAGACCUAACACAACUACUCUUGAUUCCAGUGAGUUCUCUUUCAUAACGAAACAAGCUGCUGGCCUGAUAGAUUUGCAAAGGAAAUACAUAUCUAAGGAAAAAAAUAUUACGAACAUGCUGCAAAACAGAGAGAGAGGAAUGUAUACAAAUAAUAAUUUUUCUCGAGGGAAUAAAUGUAAAAUAUUUAAUAGAUAUUUACCGAAUGAGAUGUCUGUGUUAGGCGAUUGUAUUGGAAAAGUAUUUUGUGGCAUUUUUUCCAAGGAUGGUAACUGUUUCAUUACAGCGUCCCAGGAUCGUUAUAUAAGAUUGCACAAUUCAGGAGACGGAUCUUAUAGGUUAUUUAAGUCGUUUCGAGCCAGAGACGUUGGGUGGAGCAUCAUAGACGUGGCGUUUAGCCCGGACAGGCAGCAUUUUGUAUACUCUACAUGGUCCUCGUCGUUACACUUGUGUUCCGUUAACGAUGACUCGGAACAUCAAGAGCCCCUGAGCCUUUUGAACACCGGCCGUCGAUUCUGUGUCUUUUCCGUAGUUUUCUCGUCGGACGGCAAGGAGUUGUUAGGCGGGGCGAACGACGGGUGCCUGUAUAUAUACGAUCUUCAGAGACACGGUAGCACGUUGAAGAUUCCAGCCCAUGAAUACGAUGUAAAUAGUGUAGUUUUUGCUGAUGACUCGUCCCAUAUUAUUUAUAGCGGUGGAGAUGAUGGUCUCAUCAAAGUGUGGGACAGAAGAACUUUGGACGAGAGUCAGCCGAAGUCCGUCGGCAUUUUAGCUGGGCACAUGGACGGCAUCACGUUCAUUGAUUCGAGGGGCGACGGUAGGCAUUUGAUAUCGAACAGCAAAGAUCAGAGCAUUAAAUUGUGGGACGUGAGGGUGUUUUCGGGGGAGAAGGCGGCAGAGAAAUCGCUGAAGGCGGUUCACGACCAGACCUGGGACUAUAGGUGGCAGGAGGUGCCUAGAAAACUAUAUUCAUCGAGGUCUAAACUGGAAGGGGACACUUCAGUUAUGACGUACAGAGGCCACGUCGUGAUAAAAACUCUGGUCAGGUGCAGGUUUUCUCCCGCGGAGACCACUGGCCAGAGGUAUAUCUACACGGGGUGCGGCAUGGGGAGGGUUAUAGUGUACGAUUCCCUAACCGGUAAAAUUAAGGGGGAUAUAAACGGACACGUCGCCUGCGUCAGGGACGUCGCAUGGCACCCCACAAGGAAUGAAAUUUUAAGCUCUUCGUGGGAUGGGAUGGUGGGCAAGUGGUUCUUCAGGAACCAGGACACGUUAGAAGACAGCAACAGCUGGUUGGAAAUGGAUAAAUCUAGUUACACGAGCUCGACACCACUGAGGAGAAGCUUACGGCUCGCCCUUAAAAAAAGGAAAGAGGCGACAUAGGUGACGGUUGUACGGUAUUUUAUAACGGUUGAUAAUUUUGUAAAGCCUAUAUAAUGGAUUAAUAUAAAUCUUAGCUAAGCCA